AUGCAAUUUGGAAUUCUCUUCUCGGUGGUAGCGACAUUGCUACAGACUAGCUAUGGUGGCUUUGUAUCCAUCAGGAUGCCGUACUUGAAUCCAGCAGGUGUAACUUAUAUAAAUAAUAUCGAACCUGAAGCUCAGCUUGCUUAUAGCAUUCCUGCUAAAGUCGAAGCCCAACACGUUGGAUAUGCAGCUGCUCAAGUUCCAGCAGUGGCUACUGUACCUUUCGUCAAACAUGUACCAACUGUUUCUCAUGUACCAAUUACUAAAAUUGAAGCACAACCUGCUGUUUUGGAAAAACAAUUAGAUGUGGUAAAACCGGCCGUUUCUACUCGUAAAUUCGAAGUACGUCGUCCAGCAAUUCAAAAGCAAUUUUAUGACAUUGAAGAACGCGUAGUUGUUCGUCCAGCUGGCUCAGCAGUAGUUGAACUUGAUCAACCAACUUCCAAAACUCAGAAAGGACCAGCUGUGAUUCAACCUUUGGUCCAACAUUUCGAAGCAACUCAAACUCUUCCAUCUCCAACAGUUUCUUCUCCUCCAAUUUCUAAUGAUGAUGAAACUGUUGUAGUAGAAAAUCCUGAAUUUCGCAAACUCAAUGUUCAGAAUCAGGCUAGUGGAAGUUUACCUCAAUUAAAAACUAACUUGAACGGUGCAUUAUCGAAUGAACCUCUCGUUGCUCAUGAUCCCUCACCAAGUGUUAUCGUUAGUCCCAAUUCCUCUCCUGAACAGGACCAACAAAAUCAAAACAAAUUGAUCGAAUUGCUCACUGCUCGUGGUAAUGUUGCUGAGGUUGGAUUCGGUCGUUCUGGUCCCUCUCAAUCCGCAAUUGGAGAUGUUGGCCAGGUUCGAGGUCGAGUAAUUUCCGCCACUCCUGCUCCGGAAUCUGCGGAACCAGCUGAUGAACGAGUUUCUACAAGACGUGUCGUGAUUAGCAGACCAAUUGAAACUCUUCAAGAAGUGAAUGUUGUGGAACCAGCAACGAAAAUAGAAAGAGUAUCCGUACAACAACCUACCUUUAUAAAAACCGCGCGUUUGGAUCAUGUUCAAGUUCAUAGUUCUGUCCCUGUAAUCGGAAAAGCUCUUGCACCAACGAUUGCUCAUGCUGCUGUUCCGGUUUAUCAGAAAACCAUUUCGCCAGCUUAUGAAUAUUAUCACUAA